AUGGCUAUGGAUCUUUGCAAGGAUAAUUCAAGCCCUCUAGGCAUCAUGAGCCCUCGUAUAUCAUUCUCACACGAUCUUUCUCCAUCCGACAUUAUUAAUUUUCCAGUUGAACAAAGCCUUCUUCGAUCAAUCUCAUCCUCCAGUCCCGAAUUUGAUUUCGGUAAUCAUCAUAAUUUCAACCAACACUCUGUCUCCGCUGAAGACAUUUUUCUUGAUGGAAAAUUGCUUCCAACCGAUAAGCCCAAAAACCCGAAACCGCAACUGGCACCUAUGCCACCAUCAUCCAGUCAUAAACAUGAUGCGGUGCUUAAAACUGAGAAAAAAUGUUCAGAAAGUCAAACGUCAAAUGAAACUCCAGGCUGUUCUGAUAUUCAGGCAGAUGAUCAGAAGAAAAAAUCAAAGUCAUUUUGGCAAUUCAAGCGGAGUAGUAGUCUGAAUAGUGGCAAUAGCUAUGCAAGAGGCUUAUGUCCGAUACCGCUAUUAUCGCGUAGCAACUCAGCCGGUUCAGCAACUAGUUCAAAACGCUCAUCAUCGUCGAAAGAGAGUCAUAAUCUUCACAAGCAGCACGCACAAAAGAGUUCAUCAGUCUCAUCAUCCUCUACAAAAUUGUUAUCUUCAACGAACCACCAAAAGCCUCCGUUAAAGAAGAAUGGCUAUGGUCUGAACAGUAGUUACGGAUCGUCGACGUCGCAUGGGAAUGGAGUCAGAAUCAAUCCGGUGCUGAAUGUUCCUUCUGCAAAUUUGUUUGGUUUAGGUUCAAUUUUCUCUACUAGUAGUCACAAGCAGGACAGGAACAAAAAAUUUUAA